AAGGCGCUGCUGGACGCGCUCAACAAGGUGACCGCCUGCUACCGGCACAUGGUGCUGACCAUCGGCGGCACGUCGGACUCGCAGAACCUGCGCGAGGAGCUCAAGAAAACCCGGCAGAAAGCGCAGGAGCUGGCGGUGGCCAACAGGAACAAGCUGACCACGGUGCUGAAGGACAAAACCGUGAGCAAAGAGGAUAAAGCCGAGUUCGAGAGGCUAUGGGUCAUUUUCUCCACGUGCCUAGAGAUCCUGGAGAUCGACAUGAGGAGGGCCCUGGAGCUGGGACACGAGUUCCCGCUGAACGUCCCCAAGAAGCACCUGAUCCAGACAGGUAUGAGCGGGGGAACGUCCGGCGUGGCCGCCAGGGCCAUGAGCGUCCAGAACAUGAAGUACGAGGCUGAGCACAACAUAGACGUGGUGGACUUGAAAGACCUCGAGAACGAGAUCAACCAGGUAGGAGAGAUGAUGUACGAGAUGGAAAUGAAGGUCAAUGUCCCCCAGUGGACAGUGGAGGCUAAGCAAGACCCAGGGGCCGAACUGAAAUCCACCAUCAGCGUGGGCGCCUCUUCCAUCGGCAUGAUCUCCGUGGAGGAAAACAAAUCCUUCUGUGAUAUCAGCAAGGUUCUAGCUGGGAUUGUUUUCUCUGCCGUGCUCAUUAUCGCUAUUGUCCUGGCAGUGUGCGUGGUAAAACUCUCUUAG